AUGGCCCUGGCCCCAUCGAGCUCGGGCAGCGAGCCCGUGAUCGCGGAGGUGGAGAUGAAGAAUGCCGGCGCCGACCAGGCCGCCACAACCGUGCGUGCCACCGUCGUGCAGGCGUCGUCCGUGUUCUACGACACCCCCGCUACUCUCGAUAAAGCGGAGAAAUUCAUAGCGGAGGCAGCCGGAAACGGUUCACAGCUGGUGGUAUUUCCAGAAGCCUUCAUUGGUGGCUACCCUCAUGGAUGUACCUUUGGACUGGCUAUUGGCAAUCGCACUGCCAAGGGAAAGGAAGACUUUCGCAAGUAUCAUGCAGCUGCCAUAGAAGUCCCUGGCCCAGAAGUGUCCCGCUUAGCUUCAUUAGCCGGAAAAUACAAGGUGUUUCUGGUGAUGGGGGUGGUUGAAAGGGCAGGCUACACACUCUACAACACGGCGCUCUUCUUCGACCCGCUUGGAAAAUACCUAGGGAAGCACCGCAAGCUCGUGCCUACUGCUCUGGAACGUGUAUUCUGGGGUUUUGGAGAUGGAUCCACGUUGCCCGUCUUUGAUACACAGUUGGGAAAAAUCGGUGCCCUCCUCUGCUGGGAAAACAAGAUGCCACUUGCCAGGACAGCCAUGUACGCCAAAGGGAUUCAGAUAUAUUGUGCUCCCACAGCUGAUGCGUCCCCAACUUGGGUGGCGUCCAUGACGCAUAUUGCCCUCGAAGGGGGAUGCUUCGUGGUGUCGGCAAACCAGUACUGUCGCAGAAAGGACUACCCUCCCCCUCCGGAGUACACAUUCGGUGGACUUGACGAAGAGCCGUCCCCGGAGACCGUUGUGUGUCCUGGAGGGAGUGUCAUCGUUUCACCGUCCGGGACAGUGUUGGCAGGCCCCAACUUCGACGGCGAGGGCCUCGUUACGGCUGACCUGGACCUUGGAGAGAUCGUUCAAGCCAAGUUCGAUUUCGACGUGGUGGGGCACUACUCGCGACCUGAGGUGCUGAGUUUAGUGGUGAAGACUGAUCCAAAGCCUGCUGUCUCUUUCACUGCUUCUUCAGCCGAUGGAGAGAAGGGCGACGACGCUCUGCAGGCAUAA